UAGACCGCGUGUGACGUGGAGUGUGCGCUCGAUUUGCGGAUCCAAGCGGUUCUUGUUUGCGGAUUCGGGGCUCCGAUUUCUCGAUACCCUCGGUGAAUGUUGUUCGAAAGUGUGGAUUCUGUGAACUGUCGUGUACUUUUUAUUUCUCUUCUUUCCCCACGUCCCAUUUGCACCCAGGAAGGGUGUGGAACGGAAUGAAAAGUCGUAGACUUUCGUCAGUUCCGGUGGGUAAAGUUCGUCCGUAAUUUAGAGAUUCCAUCAGGUAUCCGAAUUCGGUAAUGGCCAACAGCACCCUGUGACAGUGCUGUUGCUGUGGAUACGAAAUAGGGAAAUAUUGUGACAGCUGGUGGCUGACAAAAGUUGGAGAUGAUGCAGUGAAUGUAUGCCGCAGAAGGAUUUACUAAAUCCGAUGUGCCGACCGACCGACCGCUCAAUUAGCGUAGUGUUUCUGAAGGGGGGAAAGAAAACAUACGUUUCGUCGGUGUCGAAGCUAGUUUGAAAGAGGAUGUUACUGUUACUGCAGAUUACGACGGUGUAGAUCAAAGAACAUCCGAUUUGUAUUUCAAUAAAUUUUUCAUUCAACUUGGAUUCCGAUAAGAAGAAAAUACCCCAUAGCGUGCCCCUGGAUUCGAAGAAGUGGAAAAACCAAAGUUGUUUUUUUUGCGUGUGCGUGUACGGAAAAAGCCUGCUGUGAGUAGAAAGCUGUAAAACUGCUCUAAUCCCUGUUCCCGGUUGAAGCAUAAGUGGGAGGUCGAUUCGGAGAAAAUCAAUCGAAGCAGGCAUCCAAUCGUGUUUUGUAGAUUCCGAACUUGUUCUGUACUGGCACGUGGUUCGAUGCUGCUCCUGCAACAGUGAAAUUGUUUUAUUGUAGCCGAGUGAAGUGAGUGAAAAAAAAACGUACGUACGUAAAUCCUUAAUCAGGUUAGUUUCGGUCUCUAAAAAGGAUACAGAGAAGAAGGUGUGCGGGAAAGGGUCGGUGCCGAAGCCGGAGGAGCGUUUUUGUGUCGAGUGAAAAUUUGUUCAGCACCGGAUUUACCGGCAUUUAACCGAGAAGAAGAAGAAGAAGAAAAGUACAACUCAUCCUUGGAAGGGAGGUUCCUUCGGUGAUUUUGUGAACAGUUUGCGCUCGUAGCGCCCAACCCGACGGACCGACCGAGUUUGCCACCUUCGUCAAACGCCAGAACACUUGCAGAACAUGUAAGCAACCACUUGGCUUCAUCACCUGGUUUCCAAAUCAGUGUAACUGAGAACCGCAUCGCAACCCGUAUGAAACCCUACUCCGGCUGACUCCGACAACCCUCGGCGGGAAACGAAUGGUUUCCAAUUGAAUGUAUGCGUAAUCGAUUUCCGCAUGACAACGCCCGAACAAGGCGAAUCACAAACAUCCCGGGACACACGUACACACACAUACGUCCGUCCGUCCGUAGGCACCAGCACACCAGGAACAACUAAUCAAACCGACUAAGCCGAAGCAGAGAAUCACACACCUCCUCGCUAAAAGCAAGACGACGAUCCCUGAAAGCACAGGACAGCAGCGAGAGCCGCCGGUUUCAUCUUCUGUCGUUGCCGCGGCGGUUGUUGUUGCCGCCGCUGGAAAACAGCCCCACCGCCGGAGACCGCAAAAUUUAUGGCUUCGGCUAACGACAGCUGACAGCGGAGGCAAUAAUUUGUACCCGACGGAAUCGCCACAGCAACUGGGACGGAGCUCCGAUCCAUUCGAUCGUGUGUUGGUGUUCUUCUCGUUGGCAUUACGGAAGGAGCCGGGAGCAGGUGGACCUUCGGUAACUGGCGGCCAGCAGCAACAGCAGCAGCAGCAGGACCCAACCGGAGACCGAAGAAACUUUUUAAUGGAAACGCCAACUGCAACUUUAUCGUUCAACUAUGUUUAAUCGCCAAAAUGAUACCGUUCUGCUUAACAGUGCUACUCCUGCUACUCUCGCCGGUUCUCAGUGCUGACUGGAGCGCCAGCUGUCCGGCGAGUUGCGUCUGCAAGUGGUCCAGCGGCAAGAAAUCGGUCCUGUGCAAUAAUCUCGGUCUCGGCACGAUCCCGGCCAAUCUGUCGACCGAGCUGCAGGUGCUGGUGCUCAACGACAACAACAUCCCGUAUCUGAACCGAGAGGAGUUCACCGGGCUCGGACUGGUGAACCUGCAGAAGAUUCAUCUGAAACAUUCGCGCGUAAAGUAUGUCCACCGGGAGGCAUUCAAGAAUCUGAAGAUUCUGAUCGAGGUGGAUCUGAGUGAGAAUGAAAUUGAAUCGUUGGAUAAGCAAACCUUUUCCGGCAACAACCGGUUGCGGAUUAUCAACCUGUACGACAAUCCUUUGAAGCAGUUGGUGUCGGACCAGUUCCCGGUCCUGCCGUAUCUGCGGAACAUUGACCUGCAUGGGUGUCAGCUGAACUCAGUGGCAGAAACGGCUUUCUCCAACCUGGAACUUCUGGAGUUUCUGGAUCUAACCCGGAACCAACUUGAGAGUUUGCCUCGUUACGUUUUCAAUCAUAUGAAAAACCUUAAAACAUUGAUGCUGGAGGAGAACCCCUGGAACUGUGACUGCCAUCUGCGUGAGUUCCGGGGAUGGUACUUGAACAAUUCGCUAAACCGCAGAAGUCUCAAGUGUCAGCAGCCAUACAGCCUGAAAGAUCAGACGUGGGAAUCGAUUGAAACCGAUCAGUUCGGUUGUAUGCCCCAGGUACGAAUUUACCGGGAUGAUGUAGAUGACAUUGAAGAUCUGGGAGCAAACAUUACGUACAGAUGCGUAGCUUACGGCGACCCGGAGCCGACGGUGGCCUGGGAUCUCAACGGGAAGGUGGUGGAUCAGGAAAAUAUGAUACUGGAGCACGAACGGGUCGUAAAGUUCGACGGCAACGUGACGCUGUGGAGUAAUUUGACGAUCCUGAAUAUCACUAGCAACGAUUCGGGCUACUACACGUGCACUGCCAGCAACAGAAUUGGGUUCGUGAGUAAAAACUAUAGUCUAAUUUUACCGGAAGUGGUAGAGCGAGUGAUCAUCAAAACUCCGGAGACUUUCUGGUACUUCGGUUUGAUAUUGGGUAUUUUCGGGACGAUCUUCGGGUUGCUGUCGCUCUCGGUGGUGAUUUGCUUGUGCAAGCGGAAGUUGCGCACCAGACGAAGAAAGAAGAAUAUCAAGAGUAGUGUUAGUUUCAAUGACCAAGAGAAAAAGCUACUGGAUCUAAGUAUAACCACCAACGAGAGGCAGGAGUUCAGUGCGAGCGAUGUGAUGACACCUUCGACGAAGACCGACUCCACGAUAGCGAUGGAACCGAUGCAGAUUACCAUCGAAUCGAUUGCCGCCAAGCGGGACGAAUUCCCGCUCAAUGUGGGAGUGUUCCCGCCGCCGCCCGAAUUCUGCUCCCAGAUGGUACCGAAUCCGGCCUUCGGAAACAUAUUCAUUUCCGUGUCGGUGACGCAAGACGCGUUGGACAAUCCCGAUUUGAACAUGUAUCCGGAUUUGCUGAACAUUCCGAACCGACACAAGGGCAAACUAAUACCGGUGAAUGUGUCAUCGUAUGCAACACUACCUCGCAAGAAUCGUCCCACAUUGACGGCACUAGGCAGCAGCAGCAGCAGCAGCAGUCAACCACCAUCCCUGACGGCGGUACCACCUCCGACCAUUCCCACGCAGCACCCGGCCCCAUCGACCAGCGGAAUGAUAGAGCAACUUCAGCUGCAAGACAGUAUCGUCAAUUACUCCAACAUCGAAGAUUCCUGCGAAAUCACCAGCCUGGGCAGCAACGCGAGCUCCAUGUGCCAGGAGUGCAGCAAACUGUUCAACUCUUCCAGCAAGCUGAACGUCCGCUUCAACAGGGCCGAGGUGGCCAACAAGUGCGAGAAUAGUUUCCCCUGCCUCAAGUACGACAAUAUGGGCCGGAGGUACACGGCCAGUGGCAACUCCACGCUGUCACUUCCCGAAGGCGAUCGACUGGAGCAGGAAAGUAUCUUCAUCAAACAGGAGAUAGAACCGAUCCGAGAGGUUCCAACGCCACCGGAUCCACCGGCAACUCCUACCGGGCCGCUGUGUCCCAACAAUCUGGGUACGACGGCUGUAGGAACGGCUGCCAUCUUCGUAACCGGUAAUGAUUUCGUCUCGCUGUAGUGUCCCCCCCGGUUCCCUUCCUUCCACAUCCUAUAGCCAUAGUACAAAACAGCGUCCACUCUCAUAGAAGGAUUUUGAAUCCCAAUCCCCGGUUGUUACAAUAUAUUCUACCCCCCGCAUUCCCGGGAGACGUCAGUAGGUUGACAGUAGGUAGUGGUAAAGUCAAACCACGAAGUGUGAUAUUACGAUGACAGCAGCUGGCACCUAUCACACAAUCGUAACAGUAGAAAACGGACAGGUCCCAAAAACAAAACUCUUCAAAUAAAUAGUUCGAAUGCCUAACGACACGAGUAAAAAAAAAUCAAAUACAGAAAUAGCCUAAAUUCACUGCUUAUACAACAGAAUAUAGAACGUAAAUCAAAAGAAACAGAAAAAAAGUCAAUCAAAAACAUCAGAGAGUUUAACUUGCUAGGAAAAAUUUACUUGCCCCCCAUCUGAAGCGUUUGCCAAUUAAAACUGUACAUAAACAAAACUUCUCCCAUCACCGGUAGUAGAUUGGAUGAGAGUCAAUUUAAAAGCAAUUUCUAAUAUUAUUUUGUUUUUGCUCGCAUUGCCGGCUGCCGUAAGUACCCUAAUAGAAAUUCUUCCAAAUUCAAUAACACUCACACGCCUCCGAUAACUCAAUUCGCCGUACGAAGAAGAAGAAGAGUUGAAACAUUUUGCUAGCCUGAUCGAAUUUUAUGUUUACCCAUUUACGGAAACGAGAGCGCGUCCGUUGGAAAGGGAUAGAAAGAACACAUGCAAACAUAUCCCGGCAACAGCCUGCUACGUGUAUGUCGUAAAUUAAUUUAGAACUCUUCACUUUUUUCUCUAACGGCGCAGGAAAAACUUUUCAAAUCAAACUCUCAUCAAAUGUGUACUCAGGCAGGCAGGCCCCGAACGGUUCCGGCCGGUUCAGACUCGGUUUCCGGUAAAACAAUUAGGGAAUCGGUACGGUACGGGACGUGCCCAGUCAUAGACCACGCCAUAGACCGAAUUGGUUCUCGUUGUUAGAAGCAGCAGCAGCAGCAAAAAAUUUCAAACGCACUUAUAAACAAAUACAAAUAUUGAACUUUUCCGGAUGACACGUGACAAAAUAUUUGCCUUUUGCGAACGAAACCGACAGCAACCAUCCCAAAUGUUUUCUUCGCUCGGGUGCGUAAUUGAUGUUGAUUCGGAACUAGAACAUUUUUAAAUAUGAUAUUGCCACUGUUGACUUUCGAUGAGUUUGUUUUUGUUAAAAAUCUACUUUUUGUCCUUGAUUUAUUCACCAAACCCGAACUAAACAAUCAGUCCGCUUGUAAUAUUCAUGUAUAAUAAAAUAAUCGAAAUGAAUUUAUUUCCGUUCCAACGAAGUUGUAGCACAAACGAACUUCCAGACAUGACAGUCACGAUCUUGUUUUUGGCGCACAUCUACGGUCCUCCGUGAAACUGGCACCAAUGGUGAUAAAUUGGUUGCACUGCUGAGUUCCCAUCAUCACGUUCAUAAUGCAAAUGCCAAACCGUGAGAACCCUUUCGAUUCGUUAGCUCAUUUGUAUAUAUUGAGAUUUUAUGGCACACUUUGGUCGAAAUGAUAACAAUGCAAUUAAUCUCGCGCUCCACCAAGCGGUUAGUGCGGUCAUUUCAGAAGGUACCGGGAACGAACCACAUUUUUUAAAAAUAUUUAUAAGCACGAACAUGUCUUUAUUAUUUAUCUUUGGUUGUAGUAUCAAGUUUUGCACGAACAUGACUUAACCUCACGAAAUGAACAGAAUUAACUUUUUUUUGACAGUCGACGUGUAUUUGUUUACAGUUUAAAAGUUCAUCAGAGGUUCAUCGUUUGAAUGUAAAAAUUGCAAGUCGCCUCACACUGAACAUAUUUAUACAAAUAUCGCUAAUCUUCUCAGUUCUUUUCACUGUGGAACACGUUUUUAACAGGCACUUACCCAUCAUUUUUCAAUUUCUAAUUUGCAGUCGCAAAACAAAACACACACACGGCAACUGUCAAAAGCGAAUUGGGUUUAUCGACAGUUCAUUUGUGUCGUCAUCGUGUAGAACCUAAUUACUUUUGCGACUGCAAAUUAAAAAUUGAAGAAUGAAAGUGUUUAAAACGUGUUCCACAGUGAAAAGAACUGAGAAAAUUAGCGAUAUUUGUAUAAAUAUGUUCAGUUUGAGGCGACUUGCAAUUUUUACAUUCAAACGAUGAACCUCCGAUGAACUUUUAAACUAUAAACAAAUACACGCCGACUGUCAAAAAAAGUUCAUUCUGUUCUACACAACAGAACUAAAAAGAUUGCCCUGUAUGCAUUUUCAGCAUCAAGGAGCGAUUUUGUUCGAACUCUGUUUAGUGUGACGCGACUGGCAAUUUUUAAAUUCAAACGAUGAUCCUCAAAUGAACAUUUAAACUGCAAACAAACCACUGAACGAUGGUCCGAAACAGGAAAUUAGCGUGACAAAAAGUACGGGUGUGUAAUGUCAGAGACAUAACUGGAUGUCGUGAAUACGAAUAUGACACGCUUUAUUUAUGCUUCCGAAUUCGAAUUGGUAGUUCAUCGAUUGUUUGAAUUGUGCAACUUUCCCCAUUUUCAUUACUAGAAAUUUAAACGAUGCGCCUAGACUAAAUUACAGAUUAGUUACAUUAAACAUUCUGAAACGCACUUAAAUACUAUGAAAUAAGCAGUAUAGUUCUUUAUAAUAAAAAAAAUGGUGACGAUUUUAGUUAGUUCAGCACGCAGACUCUGAAUUCUAAACCCAUAUUCCAGAACUAAGCUGUAAAACAUGAAGACGAUUUUUCGCCAUGACUACCAGAAUGGGUUUUAUAGAGUACAGUAAAGUAAAUUUCCGAAUAAUUCUCUAGGAGUACUAUUAUGGUUCUAAAAAGAACCGAAUAGAAGAAGUCUGGAAUAAAGAACUGGAUCCUGAGUUCAAGAACUAAAUUUAGAACCAAUAACAGACUCAGAAUCCAGUUUCAAUUCUAGAAUUGCAAUUUCGAAACUCAAAUUAGUUCCGGAAUACAGUUCCAGAAUCCAGUUUCAGCACGAAGGCGCUCUCUCCGUCGCUGCUGGUUGAGGGUUCAGAAUAAAACAUACAACUACAGUUGAUGACGGUUUGGUAUGUAUAGAAUAAAUGAAACAAUGAAUUAUUUUAUUAUUUAAAACUAAAUAUUUUGCUUGUUAGGGUAAGUCUUCUGAACUUCCCCUAUUUUGCUUGUACGACAAUGCCAAAAGCCUUUCAAAAACAUCUUCGAUGUUCACGAUUCUGCUGAAUUUUCUAGCAUGGCGCUCUCUGAAGUUCCUUCCAAUUUUCUCUUAAACUUUUACUUAUAUUAUGACCUUUCAGGAACCGCAUAGGAUACAUUUUUAUCGAUCUGGCAUUUAAUGAAUAUUUAUAUUUGAGAGUUGACUAGCUUUUGAUGAAAAAACAAUCAUAAUUUUUCACUGGUAGCUCAUAUGAAAAAGCUUGGUUCAGCAAAAUUAUGCACAAUAAUUAGUUCAACAACUCUUUCUAAGACAACUUUUCCAUAGAAAGCUUCACAAAAAGCUAGAAUAAAAUAAAUGAUUUUUCAGGAGCCACCCUACUUUUACUCGGGAAGAUUAAUGUAACUCGAUCAAAUAAAAAGCUAGAGAGGUGCUUUUUUCAGCAAAGUGGCUCAAAAUAAAAUUUCCUACAACUUUAUUGUACAACGAAAUCAUUUUUGAGUUCUAAUAAGAAAGUUAGAUUUCAGAUUUCAAUCUGAAUAAGGGCCACCCUAGUAACAACUUUUGUGAAGACACCAACAACAGAAACCUAAUAUUUAAUAGUGAAAACAUUUUUGUCACGCUAAUUUCCCAUUUCGGACCACUGUACAUAGGCGGCAGUCAGAAGAAAGUUCAUUUUGUGAGGUUACCCGUCACUGAUAACCUCAAUCGAAUGAACACAUUUUGACAGUUCAGCGGUACUGUUUGUAAACAGACUUUUUUUGGUUUGUCUGUUGACAAAUUGGAUGAGAGCAUUUACGGUCCAUAUCGCCUAAAUAGAAUUUUAAAACAUUUGUUAACGAUUCGAUAUGGUGGUUAUUGAAUAAAAGUGGCUAGUUGUGAAGUGUAAAGAUCAUUGCUUGAGAUUUGUUCCUCGCUUUUGUUUAAGCGUGUUUAUAAACAGUACCGCCAAACUGUCAAGGAUGAAUUCUUGUUCAUUUGUGACGUCACGAUAAAAAUCUAAUUAGGAAUGUUGACCGAUGAACAGAAGAAAAACGGGCUAUGUAUGUCAGAUAUUUUUUUCCGGAAUUCUGUUAAAAUUUCGGUUACACUGAAAAUAAUUUGCACGCUAGCAUCAUGUGCAAAGCAUUUGAACUAUCACUACUUGUAGAACACAUGAAAUUCAUGAAAACAUACUUAACUCAUAAAAUGAGUGUAAAACCUGUUGAUAUUUAGUGGAAAUCAUGUUACAUUUAUCUGAAAUGGUCAUGAAAAUGAUAAGAUAUAUCGUUAUCUCUCGAUUCUUUAUGAAUUUCAUAUGAAUGACACAUUGUUUUUCAUAUACAUUUCAAUUGAAACACAGUUGACCGAAUCAAGUUUUUUGCACUUACAUUUGAGCUGUACCCUUUCCCACUUGAUAAUGAAGUGUUUUACACAUGUAGUUCGAUUCAAUAGCAAAAGAAAAACACCUCAAAGCUAAGUGAAAACUAAUCUCAUCUUGUAUCUUAGUGAAUUUGUACAUGAAAUCUUGAAACAAAUCGCUUUGUUUGUGUAUUGAAAUGAAAAAGCAUAUUGAAUUGAAGUGGUGUUUACCUAGGACAGGACCUGACAAUUGUUAAUCCACUUCUAGGACCAGUUUCGGACCAGCUCGUGAUUGGUUGAAAUUGACAUAAGCAAGUACAAGUUGUUGAAAUCAAUAUUACUGCAGGGUGGUUCAAUAGGACUUAAGUUCAAUUUAUUUUUAAGUCCUGUCAAUGCGGAAAGUAUACGAGUACAUUUAACAAUCACUGGAUGAUACAAAGAGAAAGCCUGAAAUCACGAAGUGUGAUAUGGACGAGAAUAUUGAUUAUGUUGGUUGAGAAUAGCACCGAAUCUUUGGAUACUUCUGUAUGUUAUUAUUUUUCUCAAAUAGAAUAUGUUGAAUAAUUUAGUUUUUAAAGCUGUAAAAAUCAAUUACCCAAAAUUGAGUGUUUUAGAAAAAUUUUAUUAAGCUGUUUCAACUAAACGUUUUCUUCAAAACAAACAUCUGAUCAAAAUGAAUCCAGAGCUAUAUUUUUGACCGAUAUAACAUUUGUCUAAGUGUUUUGAAAUGAUAAAUAUUCGCAUGUUAUAAGAGGAGAAAGUUUUCAGAAUGAAUAACUAUCUCUACUGGCAGCAGUGAUCGCGAGGCAUUUAUUAUUUACAGCAGGGAGCAACCGGAUUAAGAAGAGAGAUAUUUUUCUAGAAAAAGAAGCCAGUUGUCUGGUCCUGUCCUAGGUGUUUACAUAUGAAUCGAUUGUAAAUUUUUUUAUCAGUGUAAAGACCAAGUAUGCCAGAUCAGGCCCGUACCCAGGAUUUUGUUUCGGGAGGCACCAAGAACAAAAAUAAAACAACAAACUUCUUUAUGUAUCUAAUUUAGUACCUGCGCCUUUAAUACUUCUUGCGUCUUGGAAAAAAAAAUUUAACUCUCUCAUAUUAUACAGUCUCAUAGUACGGUUUCGACUUCCAGUUCCGGUAUUACAGAGUAUUUGAUGUUUUCAGAUGUGACAAUCAGAGCUAAUAAACGUCAUUUUCAUUGACUAAAAAUAGACGAGAAUAACAAGAAAUUACUGUCACUCUCAGCUUCGCUUGCAAACUAUGAGAACGAAAUCCAGGUCCAGUCAAUGACAUAAGCGAGAUAGUAGUUUCAAAAUUGUGUUCUUUCUUUCAUUUGCUCUUUCUGCCAUUUACGGGUGUCUGUGAAAAUCCCAUAGUAUGCAGUGUCGAUAUUCAACCGAAGCUUUGAGAAUCGAAAAUGACAGAAAAAGGUUUCACAAUGACUUUUACAUUUUGGUGCUCCAAUUUGUAGUAGUUUUGGUUUCCAAAGAGGUUCUGGGAUGGAAUUACUUCGAAUUGUCAUAUUUUAGUCACUUUUUAUAGCCAAGCGUCACAGAUUUUCAAUACAUCGAUGAAAGAAUGAGAAUUGAAAUUCUGCUGAUGCUCCCUAAAGAUGUUUCGUCUUGUCAUAGAGGAAAGAGUGACGUUGGCAAUUAUACUAUCUCAUUUUUUAGAAAAGAAAACAAAAUGCUUCGUCUCUCUUCGUUUGUUCUGGUGUCGGUCAUUUACGAAUGAGACAGUAAAACAUUGAAAAUGAGACUGUCGGAAUGGUUUCUUUCAUUGAGAAUGUGUGACAAUUUUAAGCUCUGGUGACAAUGUAAAGAAAGAGCUUCUUCUAGAUUGGAAAUUUUGUUGGUUUCAAUUCGAAUUUCCGGAAGCACUUAUCAAUAUCUCAAGCAAUCUUCUUAAUAACGGUCAAAAACUAGGAUGAAGUUCGCAGGAAUAGUUUUAUAGAUUUCGGUUAAAUUUCAGCCAAAGUAGUUUUCUGGUUCCGGAAAAAUAGGGCACAUAACCGCAACUCCUUAUUCCAGAAUACUGCGUACUAGUGCAGAAUGUGAACCUUCUAGGGAAAAUACACAUCAAUAAUGUCAUUUCCAUUUGUAGACCAACUCAACCCAUAAGGCCUGCGAUAUAUUCUUAAAAUUCACUGCAAAAAGCAUUCAUGAAUAGCACGAACAUGAGUGGUCCGAGGUAGCUCCCUUGUUUCGACUCGUGAGAAAACAGAAAAAGUCUUCUUUACGUUCCUCAAAACAACUUCUAUUCGUAAAUCAUUUUAGUUGACAGCCAUACAAACUUACUUCGGUGAUUUCCGUUUUCAGGUUCCGGAAGUAGCAAUCGACCAUUCCUAAAUGAAGCUCACAUCGAUUGCUUAAUAUUCUGUAACAAAUAAGCGCAAGGAGAUCGUGAUAGUUCGAGGAAAUCAAAUUAGGUGAAUAAUGUGGAUGGGGAAUACUAAUACUCACUGUCGAUGGUUUAAUUUUCCGUUUUCAAGGUUCGUUCCGGUUUCAGUAUAUAGUCAGAUAAUAUUCCUUUUCUCUGGCGUGUAAUAAUUGAUCCAAGUUUCGUCAACAAUUAUCAACGUACACGAAAAGUCCAACCAAAUCUGCAUCAGCAUAGACAAACAUGUUUCCAAAGUGCGCUCGCGUUCGUCUUUUUACCUCCCAAAAAUGUGUUUUUGUUGUGAAUACGACUCACUUUACUAUGGGGUGCCUUUUCAAAAUUUACCCUCUGAGAGAGUGAUAAGUUUUUGAUCUCUUGUUGUAUCUAACGAAUCAACAUAAUUUUUGCUACAUGUCAUCGGAAAUAUGAUCACAAUUUUAUGAUAAAAUUUGUGUUGUGUGCAUUAAUCUCAAAUAAUUCAAAAUUAAACUUUUCUGGAAUGUUUGGUAUAAACGAGUAUCAAAGAGGAUAAUUCAUAAGACGCGUUUGCCUUUCUCGUAUUUUGAAAGCUCAUAGCUCAGUAAUCUGUGAAAGGAUUUAUGUAAUCUAACUACCAAUAGAAUCGAAAUUUUUCAACUUAAACGUGUAUAGCAACAGCAUUGAAGUAUCUCAAUAGUACACUAUUGAAAAACCUGUCUUAUUUGACCCAUGUCAACACCAACCAAUCAGAUCGCGUUCUGAGGAAGAGAACAAAAUAUCUGCUGCUGUACAACAAAUCGUUCGAGAAAAAUGUUCCGAACAGUGCUUAAUAUCGUAGUGAGUUUAACAAUUUGGUCCUUCUGAAAGGCAGGAAUGAAUCCCGUACAGCAUCCUGAUAAUUGCUUUCAAUGAAAUGCAAAUCCGAAAUGAAAUAAUCGACAUUAAAAUUCUGUAUGCGGCUAUUUCCACAGCCGUUAGGACCGCCCAAUAGUAAAAAAGCUACAAACGAAAUCACGUGAAAAGAAACCUCUUAACAAAAACUGGAUCAGUUUGAAUUCUAUCGCCACUGCGAGCAGAUGUAUUGUGUGUCGUUUGCAAAAUUAGUUUCGCUUCCGACAAGAGCGAUUACGUCACAGCUGCCAGUCGUUUGCAUUGGUGAAAAAACAACGAAAAGACGACAACGGUGGGAAGCAUCACACAAAAUCAGCCGUUCAAAUGGCUCUAAAAGUUUUCUAAGGAACUAUUAGUAUUUCUUGCUCGCAAAUCGAAGGUAAAUAUCCUCAGUUUAGUGCAAAUCUAGAACAGUUUGAUUAGAUUUGUGCACUUUUCGCUGUGUGAAAUUCACAGUAAUCGAGAUCAAGUGAAGCCUUCUUUGUUUUUACGAAAAAUAUGAAAACGGGGAAUGCUUGCAUAAUUCAUACAAUUGAUCAACUAAUUGAUAUUCGGAAGUGUUAAGGAACAUGUCAGUUGUUUUCGUAUUUACGACCUCCAGUUAUGUCGCUGACAUUACCCAUACGCCUUUUUUCAUCCAAAAUCUUUAACCAAAAAGUUUUCUAUAUUAAUUAGUAUAUAAAAGGGAAUCUAUAAGAGUGUCCGAUUUCGGGAGAAGCCCCACCCACCCCCUCUGGAUACGUGCCUGUUCCAGGAUUUUUAUUAAUCUAUGAUCAAUCCAAAAAACUGUCUGUGCAAAAUCUGUGCACGUUUUCCGUAACGUAAUAGCUGAUCGGAAUCAUUUUGGUGAGCAAAAUAAAUCUCGCUAAUUCCAACCGCUUUGUCGGAUAGUUAUCUUCUCUUAGUUUUUUCUCUGCUCAUUUGUGAUCGAUUUCAGAAAUCUGUCAAAAUCUGUGCAUAAAAUUGAAAAUCUGUGCAACACAGAUUAAUCACAAAUUCACAAAAAUCUGUAGAAAUCUGUGAGUUUUGAUAAAAUCUGUGUUCUGUGUUCAGAAUCUGUGUGACAAAAUAGGUGAAAAAAUCUGUGGUUUUAAAGAAAAAUCUGCCAAUAUGGUAACUCUGGCAACACCCGUUUCCGACAGAGAAUUUCACCUUCACGCUCUUUGAACAUAACUUAUGGUUUGAGUUGCGAUUGCUAAAAUUCAUAAACUGGAACAAUAUGUGAAAAUUUAAAUAUGGAUUUGAGUAAAAUUUACUCAGACCAUGAGUUCUCUCGCAUUCAUUCAUACAUUAGAGUAAACGUUGAGAAUGUUGUUAUCGAAUUUAAGAAUGCAAGAAUACAUCGUUUUCCAUUGCCGGUUUUUGAAUCCAUGAAUCAUCAAUCAUAUGUAUUUUCAAUAGAAAUUCGGUGGUUUCAAUUAUGCAAUUAUGUCCAGUAUGAGGAUAUCGAAAUCGUUCAAUUUUGACUCCAAAAAAAAGUCAAAAGGAAACGGUUUUGAAUCACUUUUUUGCGUCUUCCAUUUGAUAGAAAGAAGAACUACUUUGUAUAUAAACAUUAACAAAGAACUCAAAUUUUGACAAUUUCGUCCCUUAACUUAAAUGAGUUGAUAGGUGGUAACUCAAGUUUAGAGUACGUGCACUUGUUAUGAAUUUAAGUGUGUCACUCAAUUUUGAGUUAUGUUCAGUUAGGGUGUAUCGGUUAUUAACGGUUUUUGUCGUGAAUACUUCACUAUAGAGCGCCUUUUCAAAAUUUACUCUCUGAGAGAGUGGUAAGUUUUUGAUCGUGAAUAUCUCGUAUUGUAUCUAAUAUAAUCUAACUGCCAAUAGAUUCGAAAAUUUUCAACUUAAACGAGUUUUGCAGCAACAUAUAGAACGAAUAAUCUGCUGCUGUACAACUGUAUCGAUAUAAAAGAUGAGCAUUCUUAUUUUUCCCAUCAUUUUCCGAGCAACACUUGUCGAAACGAGACAUACGAGAGACCCAGUCCCCAGUCAAAUUUCGAACGCUAAAUGAAAGAAUUUCUUAACCCCGCUAAAAAACCACAUUUGUUGAAUCUAAAUAUAUUUCAUGUUUUCAUACGGAAUAAUGAAUCAAGUACGCCCAUCGUAAAAAUACGCCGAUAAUAGUUGUUGUUACAGGUCUGCAAUUGAUUUUGGAAUAUUCGUUCGAACUGAUGAGUUCAGCAAAAUAUUAUAUCAAACUUCACCAAAACAUUCGGUAAAUCUUUUUAACGACUCUCAGAGUAAAACAGUUCGAGAGGAGGGUUAAAUAACAUCCGCAAUCACCUCUUUCGGUUUAAGUCCCAAUAAACCAACCGUACCCAAAUGAGCUUGAUCGGCUUGGCAACGGACAAAAUCCUCCAAUUGAUUUACCAAUUCAAUCGAAGCAAGCCGAAACUUUCCAUUUUCAAAACAAACCCAUCCAUUUGUCGUGAAAGCGAUCGGUACUGGAAAAAGGCACACCAAACUCAACACCGGCAACCUGAAGGCAGGGCUCCGAUUAUCGAGCUCACACACAUUCUCCAGCAACCGGCAGCUAGCUUCCUGUGUGUCCCCCCACCUUCCCCGCGCUUUGUUCUGCUUUGCUUUUGCUAAGUUCAUGCCUUCAACCUCAUCAAUCGGAAAUUGCAAAGUUUACCACUCUCGAGACCAGAACCAGGACCAGAAGAAGCAGGCUUCCAGCAGGCAGGGUCGUUGUGACGUGUGUCAUUUACUACACUUUGCUGUGUAAAUUCAUCCUUCGGAAGAUACCGAGCCCCCCUCCCAAGAUUGUAUCAGUUCUUGAAAGUUUCGGAACAGAUUCCUUGGUGAAGAGGGGCUGAGUAGGUUACCCCUCUUGUAUUGUGCUCCGGUUGUAAUGAAACUGGUCCGCAAAAAAAAUUGUAUGUUGAGAAAUGUGAGGAGAAUGAUUAGAACAAAUGUUCGACGAAAGGCUAGAGUUCUGAACAAAAGGUUUCAACACGGACAAAAAGUAUUAAUAAUUGCUUCAAAAAUUCAAGAGAUAUUAGUUAAAUAUUUUUUACUUAUAUACUGAUAUGAUUAUGCACUUCACAAACAAAAUAUUUUAGUAAACAUCUUACAAGCCAGUUCUAGUUCCAUAUAGAAAAGAACUUGUUUGAAUACUAUUCAGUUUUUUUAUGCCAAAGAUUUUUAUGUGUAACAAAGAACGAACAAUUUCACGAUAGGUGAGAAAACCAAUUAAAAGAGAAUUUACAUUUUUAAUUGAAUGACUAAAUUGACCGUCUUAAACAACAUACACGAAUGCAUCUUCCCCAUAUUUUUUCCAUAAAUACGUUUUUCAUCGCCGUAGAAUCCACAAUACAUAGUACUUUAAACCUAAUACAUUUCGAAUAUUACAUUAGAAUGUUGGUAUUCAUUAGUUAAUCUAAACACUGUUUUUAUCAAUCAAUUCAGGUUUGUUUGCAUCA